UUUAUAAACCCAAACAAAUUGCGCAAAUGGCGGGAGCUCUUAGAAAUUGCGGUAGCUUGCGAACAAAUAAUGCCACAAUUUCAUUUUUGGUUGUAGCAACAAGUGAUCUUUGUGAUAAAGUUUUUGAUGCUCUACAUGUAGCAGCUAAAGAAAGAAAGUGCCGAAUUGUUGUUCAUCAAUGUGAAUUUAUUGCUGAAGUUACCAGACCAAAUUUUAAUCUUGCUGUUGAUUUUAUUGUAUUUGCAAUUGAUGGACAAGUCACACAAUCAAUAGUUGAAUUGGAAAAAAAUAUCAGUUUUGUUGAUGAUGACUAUUUUAUUUCUGGUAAAUCAUGCUUGGUUUAUUGUCAAGGAAAAUUUAAUAAUCUUGGUGUAAUUCUUUAUAAAGCACAACAAUUGGCUGAUAAAUACAGUAUUCGUAGUUUUUUAACAACAAACAUUAACGAUCUUGAUAAUUCUCUUGAAUUAGCUAAAAAAAUAUUAAAUAUAUGUGAUGGUGUAUUGAGUCUUGAGCAAGGAUUACCAAUUUUUAAUAUUUAAAACAUUUGAAUAAAUUAUAAGUUGAAGAAAAAAAAAAUAAAAAAACAUGAAAAAAGUAUCAAAUAAAAGUACACCAGUGCCUGUGUAUACAUCAAGUCAUGAAGAAUCAGAAAAUGAUAGUGAUGAGACAGAAUGUAGUAUUGGUAGUAAUUCAACAGCUGGAACUCAUAGAAGUGAUACACCAACAACAAUAACAACACGUGUACGUAGAAAGGGACGUCGUAGAAGUAAAACAGCAAGUAAACAUAAAAUAAAUAAUGAUAAACCACUUUAUAAAUAUUGUUGUAAUAUAAAAGAAGAUCAUGGACAGCCAUUAUUUGGUGUACAAUUUAAUCAUCAUUUAAAAGAAGGUGAACCAAUGAUAUUUGCAUCUGUUGGAAGUAACAGAGUUAGUAUUUAUGAAUGUCCAGAAGGUAGUAAUAUACGUUUACGUCAAUGUUAUGCUGAUCCAGAUACUGAAGAAAAUUUUUAUACUUGUGCUUGGACAUAUGAAGAUUCAGGUAAACCAUUACUUGCUGUUGCUGGUUCAAGAGGUGUUAUAAGAGUAUUGAGUCCAGUUACAAUGACAUGUAUCAAGCAUUAUAUUGGUCAUGGACAUGCUAUUAAUGAAUUAAAAAUACAUCCAAAAGAUCCAAAUAUACUUUUAUCAGCAUCAAAAGAUCAUGCAUUAAGACUUUGGAAUAUUAAAUCAGAUGUUUGUAUUGCAAUAUUUGGUGGUGUUGAAGGACAUCGUGAUGAAGUAUUAUCUGCUGAUUUUGAUAUGAAAGGAGAAAGAAUAAUAUCAUGUGGUAUGGAUCAUGCAUUAAAAUUAUGGUCACUUGAUAAAACAGAUAUGCAAGAUGCAAUACGACAAUCAUAUUUUUUUAAUCCAACAAGAAAUGGACGUCCAUUUGAUUCAAUAUUACAACAUUUUCCUGAUUUUACAACAAGAGAUGUACAUAGAAAUUAUGUUGAUUGUGUUAAAUGGUAUGGUGAUUUUAUAUUAAGUAAAUCAUGUGAAAAUUGUAUUGUUUGUUGGAAACCAGGUAGACUUGAAGAUACACGUUUAAGAAAUAAUGAAACAAGUGCAACUGUAUUACAUCGUUUUGAAUUUAAAGAAUGUGAUAUAUGGUUUAUUAGAUUUUCAAUGGAUUUUUGGCAAAAAACAAUUGCACUUGGUAAUCAAGUUGGUAGAACAUAUGUAUGGGAUUUAGAAGUUGAAGAACCAGGACAAGCAAGAUGUUCAUCAUUACAACAUCCAAAAUGUACAGCACCAAUAAGACAAACAAGUUUAAGUCGUGAUGGUUCUGUUUUAUUAUGUGUAUGUGAUGAUGCUACUAUUUGGCGAUGGAAUCGUAAUAAUUAAUCAUUAUCAACAUCAUUUUUCUUUUUUUUUUAAAUAAUAAUCAUAUUCAAAAAUAAAAAAUUGUAUGGAGCGAUUUAAAGCUUGAAGAUACACAAGUUAUUUAUAGCUACUUAACAAGUACAUCAAUAACACUUACUGCUCAUGUUUAAUUGUUGAUAGUAAUACAAGCAUUAUUAUUAA